AUGUCCUCAAAGCAACCGCCAAGUUCGUCGGACAGCUCGAAGGCGUUGUCUCGUCCGCCGAACCCACGCCGCGUCCGCCGACGAAACAACUCAUCCGUAUCGUCGAACUAUCGUCGUACCUUCAACAACUCGAGUCACUACGGUCGGCAGUACGAUCACAACGGCAACUACUACUACUACAGGGAGUCGGAAGGCUACAGGAGUGGGAAGGAUUCGGAUUCUUAUCGAUCGUACAGGGAUUCUGAAGGUUACAGAAGCUCAAAAGAUUCAGAAGGCUACAGACCAGGCAAGGAUUCAGAAUUCUCCAGAAGCUCCAAGGAUUCAGAAGCUUCUAAGUCAAGCAAAGAUUCAGAAGGCUACAGGUCAGGCAAGGAUUCAGAAGUCUCCAGAAACUCUAAGGAUUCAGAAGGCCGCAGAUCACUCAAGGAUUCAGAUUCUCACCGUAACAACAGCUACAGAAACCGAAAUCACGAUGAAGUAACGAAAAAGGAUUCCAAGGAUUCAGAUGCCUCCAGAAGCUCCACGGAGAACCACAAAUCUUCAGAAAGCUACACGAAAAACGAUGGCUACAGGAAUCAUCGCUAUCAUCAUGGACAAUAUGGGCGCAGAUCGGUCGGUUUUCAUUUUUAA